AACUACAUCGGCUCCGCGGAGGCCUCGUGCAGCCUGGACUCCGGCCGCGGCUGUGCCGUGGGCGAGACCGUGCUCUCGGGCUGCGAGCCGCUGGUGGCCUGUGCGCCGCUGGGCACGGGCAUCAGCCUGGACACCUGCAGGUACGACGCCGGCCUGUGCGGUGCGGUGGAGCCCGGCGGCACGUGUGAGGUGCUCUGCAGGGAGCCCUUCUUUGUCGGUGCGCCCGGGAGCGCCAGCUGUCCCGCCUUCAACACCGACCCGUCCAGGAAGCUGGACAUUCUCGGCAUGCCCUCGUGCACACAGGUGUGCUUCGCACCGCCCGACGGCCAGGAGGGGUACGUGUUUGAGAUCCCCGGCGAGCUCAUCAACACCUCCGUCGGGUACCGAUGGGAGAUGCUCGAUGACCCGUACUCGGCGAACGGCUCCAACCUGUCGGAGACCAACGCGUCCGAGCCCAACACGUCGAACUCGUCAAAUCUCACAGGGUAUACUAUAGUCUCCUACAUGUACGACGUCUACGCGGACCCUGUGAUCGAGGUCAUGGUCGGCACUGUCGUCCCGGCCAGCUGGAGGUGUGCCGAGGGCUACGCGGGCGCGGUGUUCGCGACCUGCGAAGAGGGGCAGGACCAGUGCGAGACCGAGUUGGCAGUUUCAGGGUGCGAGAAGGUAGUCCCUUGUGCGAUGCCAUACACGGAGUUCUGCGUGCACGACACGUCCGACUGCCCCGAGAUCCUGGAACCAGGCACGUCCUGCGAGAUCUCGUGCCGCCCGCCGUUCGCGGCCAACGCUACUCUGGCGGUCUGCCCGCCGAACAACACGGACCCCGAGCACGGUCUCAACUACACGCUGCCAGGGUGUUUCUUUGACGCCUGCCCAGACCAGGACUCGGGGGACGCCGUCAGUCCAGGCUAUGUGAGGUCGAACGCAACCGCCAACGGGUCUGGUAGUGGCUGGGAGUGCGCUCCCGGAUUCAUCGGGACGGCGACCAGGAGCUGCGAAAGCGUGGAGCACACGUCCACAACUACAACAUCCACCACAUCGACAGUCACAACAUCCACCUCAACCACAUCGACAACCACAACAGUAACUACCACCACUAGCGUUACGUCGACCACCGCCACCACCGAUAGCGCGUCACCGACAUUCUCACAGAGCUCGUCCACGACGAUCUCUGAAACUAACACUACUACCCGCACGACGUCCACAUCUACGAAGACAACUUCAACGUCAAGCACAACAAGCACCACUGCAACCACAUCGACAUCGACUACAACUACACGCACGACAUCCACCUCCUCCACCACUUCGUCAACAAUCACUGUGACCACGGUCACACGCACUUCCACGAUCACAAUGACCUCAACCACAUUGUCUUCGACUGGCACAAACACCACGACGUCAGCAACGUCAACCAGCAUCACAUCCAGCGCAACAAGUACUACUACAAUCACCACGACAACCUCGACCACAUGGACCAGCGCGACGGCCACUUCGACAACUACGUACACCACAGUCUCCAGCAGUGCAACGUCGACGAGCAGUAGCGAGACCAGUGGCAGUACAACGCUGACGAGCACCAGCGAGAGCAGCUCAACACUGACUAGCACCACGGGAACGUCCACUCUCACCGCAAGCACUAUCACAAUGACACUAACUACAGUGAGUGCCACUGACACCAGCACCAGUACGAUUUCAUCGACACGAACUACUGUGAGCGCCACUACGGUGAGCGCCACUCACACCAGCACCAGCACGGUCACCUUGACUCUAACUUCCGUGAGCGCGACUUCCAGCAGCACGGCAACUGCAUCGACGGUCACCUCAGUGAGCUCGACAUCGACGUGGACGAGCACGCUCACGAGCAGCACUGCGACAAGCACUGUGACGGUGACUAUCACUACGACAAGCACUGUGACGGUGACAACCACUGCGACAAGUACAGUGACAACCAGUGUGACAAGCACCUUGACAUCCAAGACAUCCACAACCGAGAGUUCAUCAACGUCCACUGCAACUUUUUCGAGUUUGAGUGUGACUCUGGAGAGUAGCAGUGCAACGUCUACUACGACAGUAAGCACAUCUCGCACGUCCACGACGUCAGCAACAUCGACCGUCAGCACUGCAACGACCACGACGGCUUCUUCGACCGCCUCGACAACGUCAACAAGCUCCAUGUCAACCAUUUCUGCGACUGAGACAACCUCCACAAGCGGAACAUUUACAAGUGGAACAUUCACAAGUGGAACAUUCACAACAACGACAAUGACGACGAGCACCAGGUCUAGUAGCACAACAGAGUCUUUCACGAGUUGGACGAGCUACUCUUCCACAAGUGCUACGAGCUCCUUGUCAAUCACAACUGCAACAUGGACAAGCAGCACGAGCGAGACGACAAGCAGCGGGACGAACACGAGCAGAACUACAGUGAGCAAAACGUCGACCACCAGUGCGACGAUUACGACUGCCACAGUGACGGUCACUGUCAGCCUGACUGUGACAAGUGGCACCACCACCGAAACUAGCAGCACCUCCGCGUCGACUGCAAGCGAGUCGAGCAGCAGCACAGUUUCGACCGCCAGCGUGACCAGCAGCACGACGGGCUCGAGCAUCAGCACGACCAGCAGCACCACGAGCCGCUCGCUCACCACAGCCAGCGAGACCAGCAGCACAACCAAGACUGCCACCAGCAGGACCAGCACUGCCACAAGGACGAGCUCCACGAGUCGCACAUCGACGACCGGGAGCAGCACGAGCCUCACGUCGACGACCGAGACCAGCACCACGAGCGACCACACGACCACCGCGUCGAGCAGCGACACACUCACGAGCACCACCGCCACGAGCAGCGCGACCAGCACGACGACCGCCACCAUCACGUCGACUACGGACUCGAGCUCGACCGGCACGAGCAGCGGCACCAGCUCAACGACCCAUACCCUGACCUCCACGAGCAUCACGUUGUCCUCGACGACGGGCACCUCGACGAUGACCAGCAUAACCUCGACCAGCGCGAGCGCGACGAGCACUACCUCCCUCACGCUGACCUCGUCGACGGCCACCUCGACCUCCACGACCACCAGCUGGACGUCAACCACGACCCGCACGACAUGCGCGGAGAAUUCCCCCAGCUGCCAGAAUAGCACCUCCACCGAGACGAGCACGGAGACCAGGUCGACAACCACGGAGACGAUCACCACAACAACGGCGACCUCGACCUCUUCCGUGAGCUCCACCCUGUCGACGAUGACGGAGACCCCAUGGAGGGCCUGCACCGUGGAGCAAGUGCUCAGCGGCUGCAUGCCGCCUCCUGCAGUGGCCUGCCGCGUGCCAGAGACGCCUGGCUGUCAGCUAGAUGCCAGCAGGUGCGCGGGAACUUUCCCAGGUGCUUCUUGCGAGGUCGCGUGCAGGUAUCCUUACGUGGGCGAUCCGGCCACGGCGUACUGCCCAGCCGACGACGCGGAAAUGCACUGGUUCCCUCCUGCAUGCACGUUGGCCUGCCCUGGUCCCGAGAGUAGGCCUGCAGGCUACAGGAAGUUAGCAGGCCAGUGGGUCUGCGACGAGGGCUUCGGGGGGGAGGUCGUCGCGCACUGCGAGGUCGUGAACGGCUCCGGGGGGCGGUGCGAGGUGACGCCGACAACCCUGUCGGGGUGCCUGCCGCUCGCGGCCUGCGUGGAGCUCGUGGUGAACCGUGAGACUUGCGAGCUGGAAGAUCUGACAACCACAACCACGACCUCGACGUCCUCAACCACGUCGACCUCGUCCUCAACCAUCACGACCUCCACCACCAGCACCAGUUCAACGACCACCACCAGCACCGUGACGACCUCCACCAGCACCACCAGCACCACCUCCUCCACGAUCACGACCACGACCAGUACGAGCGUGACGACUACGACCACGACCACAACCACGAUUACCACUAGCACGUCGACAACAUCAACAUCGACGUCGACAAUCACGACGUCCACAUCUUCCACGACGACUGUUACGACGUCUACAUCGUCAACGACGAGUACCACCACGACCACCAGGACGUCCUCGACGAGCACGACCACAACGUCGACUGUCACAACGUCUACAUCAACCACCACCACAAGCUCAACAACGGUAACGAUGACGACAGGGACCCUCUCGUCCACCACCUCAGUCUCGUCCAUUUCGUCAACAAGUGUGUCAAGCACCUCCACUACCACGUCAUCGACAUCACAGACCACGACGACGCCCACGAGCUCCAGCACCACGAGCACCGAAACAGCAUCAUCGGUUACGCUUACGAGCACCACGGAGACAAGUACGACGGGCACGUCCACCAUGACGAGCACCACGGAGACCAGCAGCACGACCCUUUCAAGCUCGACGGGGAGCAGUGGCACGGCCACGUCCACGCUGACGACGAGCAGCAGCACGACGCUCUCAAGCGCGACGGGGACCAGCCGCACGGCCACGUCCUCGUUGACGAGCACCACUGGGACAAGCACUUCGGAGAGCAGCACCUCCACGCUGUCGAGCACGACGGUGACUAGCUCUUCAGCAACGUCGACCACGACACUCACAAGCACCAGUCAGACCAGCAGCGUAACGUCGACGAGCACCACCAAGACCAGCACUUCUGAGACGUCCACCCUUUCGAGCUCCACAGUCUCAAGCACUACCCUGACGAGCAGCACCGCGACGUCGCAGACAACCACAAUCACGACAAGCACUAUUACAUCUACGUCGACGCUUACAAGCACUACGGGAACUAGUACCGUCACGCGGACGUCAACGACAACCAGCCAAACCGAGACGAGUACACGGACACUAACGUCGACGACUAUGUCGUCAACGUCAGUCUCAUCAACGGUUUCGUCGUCAACGGUAACAUCGUCAACGUCACUUUCGUCAACGUCUGUGUCGUCAACGUCAGUUUCGUCAACCUCUACAUCGUCAACGACUUUGACGUCAACGACUGGGACGUCAACGUUGACGAGCACCAGCAUAACGAGCGCCACCUCGACGAGCACGCUAACGAGUACCACCAUGACGAGCACGUUAACGGCGACAUCCACGAGCACCGCCGGGAUCAGCAGUGUUACGCUCACAAGCACCACGGAUGCGAGCUCUACUCUUACGAGCACCACGGAGGCAACCGUUACCAAGACAUCUACUGCCACGAGGACUAUUACUGUAUCAUCGAGUACUGAGUCUACUCGGACGAUGACCUACACAUCCAUCUCCACUGCCACAUCUACGCUCACGAGCACUACUGAGACCAGUGUGACGAUGACUUCAAGCUCCACCAUUACGAACACUCGUACACUCACGAGCACUACUGAGACCAGUACGACGAUGACAUCCACCUCCACUAUCACGAACACCCAUACACUCACAAGCACUACUUUGACCAGUACGUCGAGGACGUCCACAUCCACGACCACGAGUACCUACACGCUCACGAGCACCACUGGCACAAGUGGCUCGAUGACGUCGACAAGCACAAUCACGAGCUCCAUCACACUCACGAGCAGCACAGCCACCAGCUCUUGGACGAGCAGUAGUCUGACAAGCACCUCGAGGACAAGCACAACCCUCUCGAGCACCACAUUUAGCUCAAGCACUACCUUGUCGAGCACCACGGCAAGCUCAUCGCUCACUGAGACCGGGACCUCAACGAUAUCCACUGGCACUGAGACUAGCACUAUUUCUGCUUCCACAGCCACAAGCACUUUUACGACGACGAGCGUCACAGCUACAAGCACUACGGCCAGUUCCACCUCAGUCACCUCCACUACAUUAACUUCCACCUCUGCCACAUCCACCACUCUUAGUUCCACGAGCCUCACUUCCACUACUGCCUCUUCCACUUCUAUGACUUCCACUUCUACGGCCACCGCAACUAUAACAAGCUCUACCGAAUCAAGCACCACGGCGACGACCACGCUCACGAGCACCACCCAAUCUAGCACAGCGACGCGAUCGACCCUCACCACGACGAUGACUUCCACCACUGGCAGCAGCUCUACUGAGAGCACGGCGACCCUCACAAUGACGAGCACGGCCACCAAUUUCUCUGGGUGCCUAUUCGAGGUGGCCGGCUGCUUUGGCGUGGAGCCCAACUCGUCUUGCCAGGUGCGCUGCAGGGAACCCUGGGUGGGUCACCCGGUCGAGGCCACCUGCCCGGCCGGCAACGUCAACCCCCUCCAGUCGUUGAUUGGCUUUGCCAUUCCGGAGUGCUUCUGGCAGUGCUUCGAACCGGAUCCCGUACCGGCUGGGUACACGAAGGCACCGGACGGCACUUGGCGCUGCGCGGCCGGUUAUGCAGGGAAUGCGCUGUACGAGUGCGACAUCAGCAGAGGUUACGGGGCCACUGCCACCCUUUCUGGCUGCACGGCGGUGUACAGCUGUCCAACGCUUGAUGUGGAUGCCUGCAAGUUUGAUGCCUCAGAUUGUGAGUUCUUAGUGGAGGGCGAAUCUUGUCAGGUGACUUGCGCACCACCCUACACGGGUACUCCAGCCACGCUCUCGUGUGAGGAGAGAGACGCUCUGCUUGAAUGGUCGCAGGUAAGCUUACCACAGUGCUCGCCAGUGCAGUGCAGAGAUUUCGUACCCGCAGGGUACAUGAAGACAUCGGUUGGCUGGGAGUGCGCGCCCGGUUAUGCAGGCACGGCACUGGCGAGCUGCACGGUGGACCGGGCCUGGGGCUGCUACCCCGUGCCGCUGCUGUCGGGCUGCGCCCCCGCGCAGGCCUGCACCGCCCCCGCGCUGGACACGUGCAUGUACAACCUCUCAGGCUGCGAGGGCGUCAUGCCCGGCGGCUCCUGCCAGAUCGCCUGCCUGCCGCCCUUCGCCGGGGCUCCUGCUGCUGGCAGGUGUCCUGCCGGCAACACGGACCCGCUGACGCCGCUCCAGGUCCCCUUCGCGCCCAGGUGCUCUCUGCCCUGCUCGGCCCCUGGCACCGUGCCCGAGGGCUACGCGCUGGCGCCCGACGGCAGCUGGAUGUGCGCCGACGGCUUCGCCGGGGCCGCGCAGGUUACCUGCCAGAUGGGCCCCGACUGCCAGCUCGAGGCGGCGUUCGCUGGAUGCCUCUGGGUGACCAGGCCCUGCUCCGUGCCGGUGGUGGACAUGCACUGCGAGCUGGACGCUUCGGACUGCGCGGGUGCCCUCCUGGACGCCGGGGCGUCCUGCGAGCUGCGGUGCCGGGGGCCCUACGCGGGCACGGCGGGCUACGCGGCGUGCCCGCCGAACAACUCGGAGGCUGGGGCGCCCGCGCAGUGGAGCCCGCCGCAGUGCGCGCUGGCGUGCCCUGACCCGAGCCCGCGGCCCGCCGGCUACGCGCGCGACGGCGACGCCUGGCGCUGCGCGGCCAACCACACCGGGGCGGCGGCGCUGUCCUGCAGCGUCAGCAGCGCCUGCGUGGUGUCCUCGCAGCUCACGGGCUGCGUCGAGGCGCAGCCGUGCGCGGCGCCCGCCGGCCUCUCGGCCGCGGGCUGGCCGUGCGAGGUGGACGCCUCGGCCUGCGCCGCUGGGCUGCUGGCCCCAGGGGCCACCUGCGAGCUGCGGUGCUCCCCGCCAUUCGAGGGCGCGAGCACGUUCGCGAGCUGUCCUGAG